AUGAAUUGGCCAAGUUGUGAUCACCUCUUUCAUCAAGAUUGUGUGGGAGAAUGGCGCAAUCGAAAUGAAACUUGUCCUCUCUGCCGAGGAAAAGACGAAAAGUUGAUUGAAGAAAAUGCUGCUCAUAGAGCUCAAAGAAACGAGGAAGAGAGUGCUGAUGAAGCAAGAAGUGCGCGUAUCAUGGAACACUUUAGGCGUCGAUUGUUGCAGAUUGGAACCCCAAGCAAUGCACUGGAAGAGAUAGAAGUAGCUCGUUUGACACGUUUAUUUCAAGCAAGAGAGAACGCAUAUGAUCUGACUCUCAGCGAUCUUGGGACAAUGGAUCAGGCUCAAAUGCCUGCACCAGUGAGUUGA